AAUAGGACAACACUGGUCACGUAGCGUGCGGAUUUGUUUAUAAUUUUCGGCAAUGCAGUUUCACUUUAAAGUCGCGGACGCUGAAAGGGACAGGGACAAUGUGGCUGCGACCAGCAACGCCGGCGCAAAUCCGCACGCAGCCCUGCAGCCGCAGCAGCCCGUUGCCCUGGUGGAGCCCAAGGAUGCACAACAUGAGAUACGAUUGCAGAAUAUCGUGGCCACCUUCUCGGUGAACUGUGAACUGGAUCUCAAGGCAAUCAACUCGCGCACGAGGAACUCGGAGUACUCGCCCAAGCGCUUUCGGGGCGUCAUCAUGCGGAUGCACUCGCCCAGGUGCACAGCGCUGAUAUUCCGAACGGGCAAGGUCAUCUGCACGGGUGCACGCAACGAGAUUGAGGCGGACAUUGGAUCGCGAAAGUUCGCACGCAUCCUGCAGAAGCUUGGAUUCCCCGUGAAGUUCAUGGAAUACAAGCUGCAGAACAUUGUAGCCACCGUUGAUCUGCGCUUCCCCAUUCGCCUAGAAAACCUCAACCAGGUGCACGGCCAGUUCAGUUCCUACGAGCCGGAGAUGUUUCCAGGCCUCAUCUAUCGCAUGGUCAAGCCGCGCAUCGUUCUCCUCAUCUUCGUCAACGGAAAGGUUGUAUUCACCGGCGCCAAGUCGCGCAAGGACAUCAUGGACUGCCUGGAGGCGAUAUCACCUAUUUUACUAAGUUUUCGCAAGACGUAGU